AGUUCCGCCUUUCCCUAUAUCCAUCCACUAAGAAAGCCAGUUAUAUCUUCCCAGAUGCAGCGGAUAACGUUUGUGAUCUUAUUUUUCUGGCUAAGUAGGGCCCAGGAAACAACGGAGGUGGCGAUGGGGACAGAAGUCGACGAUUCCUCGGAGAAAACCAUAUAUAUCCGCUCCAAGAGAAUACCAGCUAUCAAACUUAUAACGCGGCACAACUACCCGGUGGAGACGCACAACGUCACUACCUCGGCUGGCUACAUCCUGACGCACUUCCGCAUCCCGUCAUCGACUCAGUGUACAAAGGGCGGACCAAAGCCGGUCGUUUUCAUCCAGCACGGAAUCCUCUUAGCCUCAGAUGGUUUCCUGGUGACUGGACCCAAAACCGGACUGCCCUUCAUGCUCGCCGAUGCCUGCUUCGAUGUGUGGCUGGGCAACUGCCGCGGAACCAGGUACUCAAGGCGCCACACCACUUUGAAGGCCUGCCAGAGGAAAUUCUGGUACUUCAGCUUUCAUGAAAUGGGACUGCAGGACUUGCCCGACCAGAUAGACUAUGUGCUAUCGACCACGAAACAGAAAGCUCUGCACUUUGUGUGCUACUCUCAGGGGUGCUCUACCCUGAUGGUCCUACUCAGCAUGAGACCGGAGUACAACGAGAAGCUCAAGACCGCCAACCUGCUGGCCCCGGCCGUCUUCAUGGAGCACUCCAUGUCGUGGGGUGUGAAACUAGUAAGGCCUCUGUUCAUGCGUCUGCCAGAAGGGGAGCUAUUGCCCCCAAGGAGUUUGCUGAAUUCUGCGAUGAAAUUAAUGUGCAAGCUAAAAGCAACGAAAAAGCUCUGUGCCUCCGUGUACCUCCUCUUGAGCGGACAUGAAUCCGUACACACAAACGCAUCCGUCAUCCCCAAUUUGGUGGUCACACACCCUUCCGGAGUCUCCACGAGGCAGCCAAAGCACUACAUACAGCUCAAGAAAUCCGGAAAAUUCCGACCAUACGACUUUGGGCCCGUGAGGAAUUGGAAGACCUAUGGCCAAUUCUCGCCUCCAGACUAUCCGCUGGAGAUGGUCAAUCCAAUGAGCCCGGUCCACGUGUUCUUCAGCGAUUGGGACAACACCGUGUCGUCGAAGGACAUCCCAAAGCUGGUCAGCAAGUUGCCCCGGUCGGUAGAACACAGGAUCAUGGAGUCCACCUGGGACCACUUGGACUUUCUCAUCGGCAAGACUGUAGAUAAAGUGAUCAAUCAACCGGUUAUCAGCAUAAUCAAUGAGUUUGAGAAUUCUCAGAAGAAUUGAGGAUAUUUAUUUUUAAAGGGGAUUCUCUCCAAUUUAUUCCCCCAUGAAUGGAAAAUAAAUUCGCUACUGACAAA